AUGUUUCAUAGAAUAGACAUUCGACCAGAAGACCAGAUGUGCCAACGAUUUUUAUGGAGAGACGGAAGUCCUGAAAACCAAUUGGAAGUUUACCAGAUGCGAGCAAUGAUAUUUGGAGCCACUUGCUCUCCCAGUUUGGCGCAACAUGUGAAAAAUACGAACGCAAUGCAAUUCAAAGAUGAAAACCCAAUAGCCGUUACUGCCAUCACAGAAAGACAUUACGUUGAUGAUUACGUUGACUCCUUUGAAACAGAAGAAGAUGCCAUUGAUGUCGUGAAACAAGUAGUAUGGAUUCAUCAAAAAGGUAAUUUUGAGUUGGCAAACUUUGUUUCAAAUUCGGAAAGAGUUCUAAAAGAGUUGGGAGUGCUUGAUGAAGUGAAUCGGGUAGUUGACGUGAACGUUGACGUUUGUGAUAAAAGAGAAAGAAUUUUGGGAAUGCACUGGAAUAACACAAAAGACGCAUUCGUGUUUUCGUUUCAAUUCCAUAAAGUUUCUCUAGAUAUUUUAACUGGCGUUCGAACUCCAACAAAACGUGAAAUGUUAAGCGUUAUCAUGAGUAUAUUUGAUCCCUUCGGAUUUUUAGCACAUUUUGUUAUAAGUGCAAAAAUACUAUUGCAAGAAGUAUGGAAGAGCGGAAUUCCCUGGGAUACAGUGUUACCAGAUCGAAUAUUAAACAAAUGGAAGCUGUGGGUGACAGAACUUAAUGACGUACAAAACAUCACAAUACCAAGAUGUUACUCGGCCUUUUUUAAGAAAGGACGUGUCGAAUUGCAUAUCUUUACUGAUGCGAGUGAAAAUGCGUAUGCCGCCGUUGCUUAUUGGAGAAUUAUUUCCAGCGAUGGGGAAAUAAAUGUUGCGUUUGUGGCCGCAAAAUCUCGAUGUUCUCCAAUAACACCGAUGUCAAUUCCUCACUUGGAACUGCAAGCAGCUAUAUUGGGUGUCCGCUUAAAAUCUUCUAUCUUAGCUGGCCAUAGCAGGAAUGCGGACCAAGUAUAUUACUGGAGUGAUUCAAAAACAGUUAUUAGAUGGAUCAAUUCCAGCAGUUGCCGUUUUAAGCAAUUUGUAGAACAUAGGAUCUCAGAAAUAUUAGAAGAAAGUGAACAGACACAAUGGAACUGGCUACCCACAACUGAAAAUAUCGCUGAUGAAGCGACGCGUGCGCGGUUUCCAGUAAAUUUGGAAUCCAGUUCAAGGCUUAAGAGAACCGUAGCUAGGGUUUUUCGAUUUAUUUCAAACUGUAAGCGAAUUUCUUCAAUGCAUCAUAAAAGUGGCGAACUAACACCUCAGGAAGAAUCAGCAGCGGAAAUAUACUUGUCAGCAGAGGUUCAAAAGGACGCCUACCUAGACGAAUACAAGUGUUUAAAGUCACAGACAUGUAUAUCGAAAACAAGUUCACUACUCUUACUGAAUCCUAUAUACGAUAGUCGGAAUGAUCUCAUAAGAGCUGACGGAAGAAUUUCUACCGCUUCAUUUUUGCCAGCUGCUGCCCAACGUCCAAUUAUUCUACCAAAAACACAUUAUUUCACAGAGCUUCUUGUUGCAUACUAUCAUCGAAAGUUUCAUCAUCAAAACCAAGACUUGAUAACAUGUGAAAUACGUCGUAAGUUUUGGAUACCAUCUUUAAAAGUACUUGUACGAACAACAAAAUCAAACUGCCGAACAUGUAAAAUCAUAAAUGCCACGCCACGUCAGCCUCUUAUGGCUCCUUUGCCUAGGGAUCGAACAACACCGUAUGUAAGCCCAUUUAGUUACACAGGGGUUGAUUUAUUCGGCCCCGUUCAUAUUAAGAACCGUAGAAACCAAGAAAAAAGAUGGGUUUCGGUAUUUACCUGUAUGACUACUCGAGCGAUACAUCUAGAAAUAUGUCAUGAUCAAUCUACGGACGCAUUUCUCAUGAGCUUAAGGAAUUUUAUAAAUAGACGAGGAGUUCCCGUUCGAAUAAGGAGUGAUUGUGGAUCAAAUUUUCUAGGAAUCGACAAAGAGCUUAGAAAUGUUCCCGAUUUUCUUGACCAUGAAGCUAUGAAAUCUUCCUUGACUCCACUAGGCAUCGAAUGGAUAUUCAAUAGUCCAAAAUAUCCGAAUGCAGGUGGCUGUUGGGAAAGACUAAUUGGAAGUGUCAAAAGAGUAUUAAGGGUUGUAUUAACAGAACAAACACCGAAGUUAGAAACCUUACAAAGCGUCUUGUGUGAAGCAGAAAACAUCGUAAACAGCAGGCCUUUAACUGAUAUUCCUGUAUCUAUAGAUGAACCGGAACCAAUAACACCAAAUCAUUUUUUAAUGGGAAAGCCGAAUUCCACUCAAACACCUGGACCUUAUAACUGGAAGCACAUUAACAUGAGAAAACAAUGGCGCAUCGUACAACAACUUAAAAAUAUGUUUUGGAAGCAAUGGGUUCGGCAAUAUUUACCGGAUCUUACUAGACGAGCUAAGUGGUGUCAACGAUCGGAACCAAUCAAAAUAAACGAUUUCGUUUUUGUAUGUGAAAUUGAUUCUCCAAGGUCACAAUGGUUAAGAGGCAAGGUAACAGAAACUUAUCCAGGCAAAGAUGGCGUAAUAAGAACAGUUGAAGUCACCACGGCAAACAAAACCAAAUUUCGUCGCCCGGUUUCCCGGUUGGCAGUUUUGGACGUCGAGCAACAUUGUAGUGAAUCCAAAUAA